AUGUGCGGAGCUGGCAUGUCGCAGCCACCCGCACCCCCUGGAGAUUUGCAAGUCGUUCCAUCCGAGGAGCUGCCGCUUCCAGUAACACUGGGGCGACCUACGAAGGCCGAAGAUUGGCGGGAGGAGGCCUCCAGCCACAGCAGAAGUACCAGGGAAUAUCGGCAAUACAGGAUUUCCGGAGUCUUCUGCAUGCUUCUGAAAGCGAUGCUGCGAAUCGGCACUGUUGUGGCCAUCUCUUGGCUGAUCAUGGCUUUCCUGGAGAACGACUGGGACGAGCGCACCGUGCUCAUGGUGGGCUGCAGCAUAAUCCCGGGGCUUGCGGGGAUGUACCUCUGCAGCAGGGCUUCAACGAAGCACUCGCUGUCGACGGCUGGCUUUCUACUGUGUACCUGGAUACUGGGUCUGGUACAGACAGACGGUGUCCAGGACAUG